UAAUAAGGUCAUGUCACAGCUUUCAGUUUCUAACAGAACCUAAAGCAAAAAAAACCAUAACAAAACUCACUUCUUCUCUUUUCUCAAAUUUCAAAUUUUGGUCUGCACAAAAGAGACCAAAAAAACUGAUAUCGGUGAAGAUGGACGAUACCGAGAAAUUGACGGCUUUGAAGAGGGCAUAUGCUGAUAUAAUCCUCAACACAGCGAAAGAGGCUGCUGGGCGUAUUUUAGCAUCUGAGAGAAAAGCUCUUCGGUAUGAGAGAGAACUCUUAACGACUAAAGAAGAGGCGCUUCAGAUGCUUCUUAGGCUUAAACAGACAUUAGAUUCUAAGAUCAUUGAAAUGGAUAAAGUAUCUUCAAGUCAGCAGAGAAAGAUUGACGCGCUCGAGGCCCAACUGCAGGAAGCUGAGGAUAUAGUGAGAGAUCUCAGAGUAGAGUUGAGUGAAGUGCAAGCAGAAUUGGAGAAGACAAAGCAAAACCAAGCACCACCAGCUAUGGAUGAGCAUAAUUUAGACGGCAAUACUUCACAUGAAAAUGGAAUUUCUUCAAGAAAUGACCAAGCACUGUCUUUGUUAGAGCAAAAUCUGGAGAAUACUACUACACAUGAAAAAGGUCUCUACAGCCCUGAUUUUAUUGUUUCUGAGCCAAAUUCACAAGUAGAACCAGAGACGAAUUCUGGCACAAGCAAAAUGUUGAAUGGAAUGUUUGAAGGCUUAUGUUACAGGACAGAUGAUUCUCACAUGGAUCAUUGCUACAAUGAUAACCCCAAUUUUUCUUCCUUAGUGAAGAGAAGGAAAGAGCCUGAGCUGUACAAGAACGGGUGUACUCAGAGAAUUCGUGCAUCUGAAAGAAAUAUGUUGGAUGGAUAUUUAUCUAUUUCCAACAUAAAUGAUGAUGCAGAAAAUGGAUCAUUCAUUGGAAGAGAUAACGAUGGCAAAAGGAUACAUCUAAUGUCUACCUCAAAGAAUGAAACUGAUCAGGCACAGGAAAACCAAUAUGAACCCAGAGUGGCCCAAAUAGAUUAUAGUCAUGUCCUAAAAAUACCCCUGAAGUCAUUUCGGAAUAAGAGGAAAAGAGCAGCUAGAUAUGAGAAAACUAAAGUUCUUCAAUGCAAAAAUCUUCAUCAUAAUGAAGGUAGGGAAAAUUUUCAGAAAGUGUGUCCUACACUUAAUGAUGAAAAUCAACUGGUCCAUUCUUGUGAGAAAAUGCCAGGAGAAGUUCUUAAAGAGACACCUUCAGCUCCAUCCCAAAAAUUAGGAAUUGAAUUGAGUAGAGAGUCAGGAUGUGCAAAAGCUACAGAAAAUCUUGCUGAGUUUGUUAAACCCUGUAGUCUUCAGAAGGUAACUAAGGAGGAUAAGGUGGCAAUUAAUAAAUCAAAUUUGAUUAGUCAGGAAAGUUUAUUAGCGAAAUUUGAGGUUCCAGCCUGCAAAAUAGAUUUUAAGAAGGAUGACGAAUCAGAAAGUAAAUUGAAUGCUAAAGUAUCUGAUUUAGAAGAUGUUGUGGCAAGUCCACCUGCAAGCAGUAGGCUUUUUAAGUAUACAUUUCAAAGAAAGCGGAAGAGAGAUGCUUUGAGCAGUCCUGAACAAAAUAGUUCUUUGAAAGAAAGCACAGCCGAGAAACAGAAUGGUUCUUCAGAGCCAGAAAGCUCUAGCUUGUUGACUGAAUCACCUCGGGACAGUCGACGACUGGCACAAGUUGCUCGUCAGCUUAUUUCCUUGUCAGAGAAGAAGUGGUAGCAAAGGCUAUGAGGACAUUUUCGGAGAAAACCAGACUCAAAUCUCUCUACUGAUUAAUGUUUUUGGUGAGGACUAGGUAAAUGAUGAGUUGUAGAUCCCCAAGUAACUAGUUUAGUAUAUCAUUACUUACAAUUAUUGUAUUUCAAAUCUUUUUCUCAAAAGUCAUUAGUCAAAACAGUGAAGUUAAUUUUAUUGGGCAACUUCCAUUCUUGGAUAAUUUCUCUAAGUGAGUGGUAUAUCAUAUAUUGCAAUAUUACAUAUUGUUAUGUUA